AAUUAAAUUCGCCUGUUAUUUGUUAUCUUAUUUUGUUUACUAUUAAUAAUAAAUAUAGUAUUUAUGAAAUAAUUAUUGUUAAUUUAAGUAAAAUAUGUUGGAAGAUUCUAUAACGUCUAGUCCCUCUAAAUCGAAUAAAUCUAUACACGAAAGAAGACUAAUAAGAAAAAACAAAAGAAAAAAAGCUGACAAAGUUUUGCCAAAUAAAAGUGAUCAUCAUAUGCAAAGUACUAGUCGUCAUAUAACCAUUCAUGAUUUUUACCAUGAUUAUGAAAAAGAAACAACUGAUAGUGAGUCUAAAAAUUCCACAUUUAUGGUUGCAAAACCAUCAGCCAUAAUAAAGGACUAUAAACCAUUUCAAAAGGAAAAAGCUCUAGCCAUGGCUGAUCAUAUAUCAAUGCAUCAGAAGAUCAAUGAAAAUAAGAGUAUUAUUUGGCCGGAAACUCAAGGAUUUUUAACGUGUUUAAAUUUAACGGAAUUGGAAAAAGAAAAUCCCAACGAUUUUAGUGAAAAUAAAUCAAAUACAUCCUUUAGUAUAACAGAAUCUCAACUAAUAAGUUGCUGUCAUAAUGCAGAAAAAACAUUGGAAAAGGAUAAUGCAAAUACUACAAGAGAAGAAUUAACUCCUAAAAAAGAAUAUGAUAUGUUAUUGGUGAAUACCAUAUUGGAAGAUUUUUCACUAUCACCCCUAAAAGAAGGUCAAAUAAUAAUGAAUACCUCUUACCAGCAUACGCCGGAAUUUCGUUUGCGUAGAAUACCAAUGAAAACCUACAACAGUUGUAAAUUUAAAAAUACCACUAAAACUAAUCUCAACACACGAUUUGAGGAACUAGCUAACACAGAAUCAGAAGACGAAGAUGAUGACCAUAGUAAUUGUUCGUCAUUAUCUGUACAAGAAGAUGUUGCAAUGGCAGAAUUGUUAAACAAUCAACGCCAGACUACUAUGACCAAUACAAGUAAUACACAACAUUUAAUAGAAAAUCUUUUAAAUUUAAGCGUUUAUUUUGCACAAAAUAGUCAAACGCAAAAUAAUUUAUCAGAUGAAAGUCAUACUUCAUGUUUGAUCGAUAAUGAUCAAGAGAAUUGUUUGUUUUUAAAUAAUAUCCCUGAUCUUCUUAAAGAUAUUCUUACUUUACGUUCUAACAAUAACAAACGUUAUGAUUCAUUUAAUUCUUUAGAAGAUUUUCAUGGAUUUCCUAGUAAUAGUGAUGUGGAGAGUGAUAAUAUCGAUAUAGUAGAUAAUAAUGAAGUGAAUAUAAUGCAAACGACAUUAACGCAUGAUUUAAGUGCAGUUGAUACUUCAGUCAUGGAUACAUCUUUUAAUGCAGAAGAAGUCUUUGAUGAUGAUUGUCAAGAUGUAUUGGCCGGCAUUAAUACAGAAGCUAUUUUACAAAAUGUUGAAGCUCUUAACAACGUGGAAGAAACAGCUAAAGAACUAACCACUUCUCUAGUGCCAAAGGAUACAGAAAAACCUGCUGAAAUUGAGCACAUACCUCAGUAUACCAUUGGUUUUAAAACAGCCUCCUCAAAACCAAUCAAAGUUUCUAGAGAAGCCCAUAUAAUGGCAGCUAAAAUAUUAAGUAAACUACCCGAAAUACCACAAAAAAAUUUCGAACUAACAAACUGUGAUAAAAAAGCUUUAAAUAAAGAUGUAAAUAUAUUUGAAAAUCCUGAAAACUAUGAAUGGAAUGAUGACUGUGAUUUAUUUUUAAAUAUUCAAACACCUGUCGCCUUAAAUGAACCGCAACAACAACAACAACAACAACAAAUAAAUACAAAUGAACUACAACAUAAACCAGCUACGAACUCUUUAGGAUUUAAAACAGCUGGUGGCAAAAAUGUUCAUGUAUCCAAAAAAGCUCAAGAAUCAGUACAAAAACUUUUAGAAGAAUUCACCAGCAAUGUUCCUCAUGAUCACUUCGAUUGCGAAAAGGAAUUAAAAGAAUUGAAAUGUAAAGUUUAUGCAAAAACUCAUAAUCUUGAUCAUAAAAGAUCAUCUUUAAGCCAUAUGGAAGAGAGAAAGAGCACAAAUGAGUUGCAGGAGUUUGAAAUGGAGCAAGUUCUUCCUAGUACCUCGAAAAUGACCUCAAUAGGAUUUCAAACAGCUGGUGGUAAAAGCGUACAUAUUUCCAGAAAAGCUCAAGAAUCAGUACAAAAACUUUUAGAAGAAUUCACCAGCAAUGUUGCCCAUGAUCACUUUGAUUGUGAAAAGGAAUUAAAAGAAUUGAAAAGUAAAGUUUAUGCAAAAACUCAUAAUCUUGAUCAUAAAAGAUCAUCUUUAAGCCAUAUGGAAGAGAGAAAGAGCACAAAUGAGUUGAAGGAGUUUGAAAAAGAGCAAAUUCUUCCUAGUACCUCAAAAAUGGCCUCAAUAGGAUUUCAUACAGCUGGUGGUAAAAGUGUAAAUAUUUCCAGAAAAGCUCAAGAAUCAGUACAAAACCUUUUAGAAGAAUUCACCAGCAAUGUUCCCCAUGAUCACUUCGAUUGUGAAAAGGAAUUAAAAGAAAUGAAAAGUAAAGUUUAUGCAAAAGCUCAUAAUAUUGAUCAUAAAAGAUCAUCUUUAAGCCAUAUGGAAGAGAGUAAGAGCACACAUGAGAUGCAGAAGUUUGAAAAAAUUCUUCCUAGUACCUCAAAAAUGACCUCAAUAGGAUUUCAAACAGCUGGUGGUAAAAGUGUACAUAUUUCCAGAAAAGCUCAAGAAUCAGUACAAAAACUUUUAAAAGAAUUUACAAGCAGUGAUGAUCCUCAGGAUAAUUUCAAUUACGAAGAACAAUUAAAAGAAAUGAAAAGUAAAGUUUAUGCAAAAUCUCAUAAUUUCGAAUCUAAGGAAUACGCUUUCAAAGAUAAUGAUCAUAAAAUGUCCUUACAAACUCAAGAAAAUGCUGAAAAGAUGUUAAAUGAAAUUUGUAUGGAAGCUGAAGAGAAUUUCGAAAAUACUAAAUAUUUACCCAAAGAAUACAAAGAAAACUUAACUUUAAAAGAAGAGCCUCGCAAUAUUAUGAAAAAUAUUGGAUUUCAAACUGCUAAAGGCAGAGAAAUUACAGUUUCAGCUAAGGCACAAAAAACUGUUGAAAAACUCUUGCAAGAUUUCAAUACAGAUUUAGAUAUAGAAAAAUUUGAGUUUGAUUUAAUAGAAAUGAAAACUAAAAUGCAAAUUAAACAUAAAGAACUGCAAUACAAUAAUGACCAGUUAAAGUCUAGUCAAACAAAUGUCAAUGAUAACAAAGAUCUUACACCUAAACCAAAUAAACGAAAAAAAUUGAUAGACAAUAAUGUUACAGCAUCACCUGAAUGUAGUUCAACGCCACCUGCUAAAAUCUUAAGCAAAGAUCUACCUAACUUAAGGUUGUCAUCAUCAUCAUAUAAUGAACAACCACUCACAACACCCCGAUCACCACAAACUGUAAUAUCAAGAAAAAAUCUUUUAUCUUUAUCAAAAAGACAUAGAAAUAAAAGAAACUCUUUAACCAUGAAAAGAGAAGAAAUUCCUAAAAUAAAUAAAGAAAAAUACGAUAUAAAUGUGAAUGCAUCAACUCCUAUUAAAACCUCAGUUUCAUUAGCUAUUAAUACACAAACUCCUGCUACACCAAAUUUAAAAGAAUUCAUAUCGAAUGCAGCCACAACAUCCACACCUCGCAUUAAUAUUACAACAGAGUCACCACACACCCUUAAAGAUACAGAUUUUAAACCUAUCAAUUGGAAAGAUAAUCAAUCGAUUACCAAUAUAUCUGCUAACAACACCUCUACUCAUACUACAAAACUUUCCGAAAGUUCAUCAUUGAAUAUUACCCUGAAUUCCUCAAAUCCUACAGCCCAGGAACGUAUAGGUCGUUUAAAAAUGUAUGGUAAACCGCCCGACUUUUCACCUAUACUUAUAGAAACUCGUCAUAGCUGUCGUCCCUCAGGAUUAAGACGUACUCGUAGCAUGCUUAAGAAAACGGAAAAUUAGUAUUUUUCUUAGUUAUAUAAAAUAUUUUCCUGAAUGUAUCACUGUUGCAGACACAAUAUCUAUGUAUACCUCCGUUUUGUUAAAAAAAGUCUAUACUAUAUUUAUUUUAAAUAUAAAUACAAUGUACCUAUCAUUUGUGUACACGUUCUUCAUUACUA